AAAUAUUAUUUACUAACGACUAACAAAGUUUGUAAAUUUGAUGAAGCGUGUGUGCGUCUCACUAUAGUUAAGCUUGGAUACUGAAUGUGUUUUGUAUUAAAAAAAAUUGUAUAUUUAUUUCCUCAAAAAUUACAAUGGUUACUUGUUCCACAACUUCGUUUAUGAAAUUUUUAUUAAGUCGUUCAGUAAUUCGAAACUGUUACUCUCAUACAAGGAAAAACUUCAAUAUUACUAAAGAUACCAAAGUCAUUUGUCAAGGAUUCACAGGAAAACAGGGCACAUUCCAUAGCAAACAAGCAAUAGAAUAUGGCAGUAAAAUAGUUGGUGGAGUAUCUCCUGGUAAAGGAGGCACCACCCAUUUGGGUUUACCAGUUUUUGAUACUGUAAAGGAGGCUGUUGAAAAGACUGGUGCAACUGCUACAAUGAUUUAUGUUCCUGCUCCUGCUGCAGCAGCAGCAAUUACUGAAGCUAUGGCAGUAGAGAUUCCUUUGAUUGUAUGUAUCACAGAAGGCAUUCCUUUGAAAGAUAUGGUAAUUGUAAGGCAUAAACUGAUGUCACAGAAUAAGUCUCGUCUUGUAGGUCCCAAUUGCCCUGGUGUUAUCAAACCUGGUGAAUGCAAAAUUGGCAUUAUGCCUGGCCAUAUCCAUCACAAAGGGAAAAUUGGGAUAGUAUCAAGAUCCGGUACUCUUACUUAUGAAGCUGUCCAUCAAACUACACAGGCUGGGCUUGGUCAGUCAUUAUGUAUUGGUAUUGGAGGCGAUCCCUUUAGUGGUACUAAUUUCAUUGAUUGCCUUGAAGUAUUUUUAGAUGAUCCUAUGACUAAAGGUAUUAUUUUAAUCGGAGAAAUAGGAGGUGUUGAGGAAGAAAAGGCUGCACAAUACUUAAAAGAGCAUAAUCAUGGUUAUAAUUCCAAACCAGUUGUCUCUUUUAUUGCUGGAUUAACUGCUCCACAAGGAAGAAGAAUGGGGCAUGCAGGUGCAAUAAUUUCUGGAGGUAAGGGAGGUGCUGCUGAAAAGAUUGAUGCUUUACGGUCUGCUGGUGUAGUAGUAACCAAUUCCCCAGCUCAGUUGGGCUCAACAAUACUUCAGGUUAUGCAACAGAAGGGACUGGCCUGAAUAAAAUACUCCUUACUUAAAAGAAACUACCUUUAUUGCAAUAUACCUGUGCAAACAUUAUAACUCCACUAUUUUUGAUAGAUUUUUUUUUAUAAAUUACUUAAUGUAAGAUUAUUGCAUUUCAAUACUUGGAUAUAUGAAUGUCGGUUUAAAAGUUUUACUUGAAAAUUAGAAUUUUUCAAGUGCUGCUUAGUUGCUCAUUUUACAUUACAUUAUCUUUAAUAUUAUAUACAAAUCUUUUUAUAAUAUUUUAAAAAGUACUUCUUUCAAUGUUUAAAAGCAA